CGUUGAUUUGCAUUUCUAGCCUUUCCUAUAUAUUGCUCGACUCCUUUCUCCCCAAAACACAGAUUUUGAAUUUCAGAAAGCGAAAGCCGAAAGAAAACCAGACUACAAAAGCUUCCAUUUUUCUAAUUUUCGGGUUUGUGGACCGAUUCGCUCCGAUAACUUUGUCAUCCGGAUUGUGGAACCGCAAUUGGCUGUUUGAAUUUUCUCGAGAAAAUAAACUAUUUAACAAGUGCUUUUGGUGUUGUUUAAACACUUUUUGGAGAAUUCCUUUUUCGUCUUUGUGUGUAUAGAGUUGAUGAAUAAUGAUGCCAUUAUACAGAUACAUGGAUUCAAACCCCUACCAAAGAAACCAAACUUUCUCUUACCCUCAGUAUCAUAAUCCGGGUUUCGGGUCCAAUCCGUCCAUGGUAUGUGAGCCUUGGCCCUGUGGCGGAAACUAUGGCUACCCAAUGCCUUGCCAUUCUUGCUAUAACCAUAAUUUCAGACCCUCUUACCCUCAUCCUUCAAUGCCAUCACCGCAACACUUCUAUGGGGGUUAUCCUGUUCCGCAUCACGAGGCCUACCCUGUUCCAUAUGUGCCGCCGCCUCCUCAUUAUUCCAUGGAGAUUCCUAAAUAUGAGUAUGAUAAGAUGGUACCUCGAAAUUAUCACUGUUUUGGGUGUCCUAAUCAUGUUUGCCACCAGAAUGUAGAUAAGGGUGUGAAGAUUGAAGAACAAGGAUCGGAUGUUGUCGAUAAGAAGGCAGAUUUGGUUCCGGUUCAUAUGAACAACAACCAUUAUCCAACUUUGUGGUUUCCACCGGAUUCCUUGAAUGGUAGAGAGCAAAGGAAGGUUUCCGAACCGGAGGUCGUAGAGGAAACAAAAAUUCCAACUGAUUCUAAGCCUACAGAGGGUUUGAAGUCUCAGGGAGAUCAAAGGCAUAUUCGGUUCCCUUUUGAUCUGAAUGACAUUGGGGCUUCGAUGCAAGGAGGAAAUAGAGAGCCACGUCAAGAACAGCAGGUGGAGGAUAAAAAGAAGGAAUUCCCAUUUCCAAUUUUCUGGAUGCCACCUUAUCAGGAGGCUGGAAAGAAGGACAAGAAUGUCAAUGCUUCUCGUGAUCACAAGACUGAGGAUGAACAUAAGCAAAUCCCAUUUCCAUUCUUCUGGUUUCCUUACGGAAACAAGCAGGAGGAAGUUCGAAAGGAGGACAACAGGGAGGUGAAUUCCGCACCAAAAAUUGUUCCAAUGAAAAUUACUGGGGGUGGUGUCACAAUGGAGGCUGGUACAAAUGAAGAGAAACCUGCUGGUCAGGGUGCUGAGGAGAGGAAGGAAAACACUGCUAACGUGAAAAGCAUAGUUGUGAAGCAAAUGGAUCCACGUAAGGAGGAAAAUAACUCUGAAGACGAGGAGAGAAGAGAAAGGAGUGUCCCCGUGAAACAAGUGGAAGAGAAUGUGGGGAACAAACCUUCUGGUACGAGUGUUAAGAGACAGUCCUCUUCCCCUAAAAAGUCAUCUGAGCUACCUCCCGUCUGUCUGAGAGUUGAUCCACUGCCGAGGAAGAAGAAGGCCAAUGGCAGUUCACGGUCUCCUAGUCCUCCUGCUCAAAAAGGACACAAAAAAGAAGUGGAGCCAUCCAUAAAGGAGAAGGAUACAGAGGUGGUGGAUAGGACAAUCAGUGAGAACAAGGAUCCGAUGCAUACAUCCAAGAUUCUUACUAAUUCUAAAGAGGAUGUUUCUAGGAAUUCAACCGUUUGGGAAUCUGAGAAGGAUGGAGAUAGAUGUCGGACCAACAAGGAUGAAGGAGCACAAAAGGUUGCAGAUGCAAAAUCUGAGGAGACUAAUAAGCCUACGGAGGCAACCAAAUCAGUUGCUGAUGGAAAACUUGCGAGGACAUUGUCAGAUAUAGAGGCUGCUGUGCUUAUUCAAUCUGCCUUUCGUGGGUUUGAGGUCAGGAGGUGGGAACCAUUGAAGAAACUAAAGCAAAUAGCUGACAUUCGUGAGCAGGUUGCUGAUAUUCGUAAUCGUAUCUCCACUUUAGAGACUUCUGAUCUCCAGAAAGAUGACAAGCAGAGAGUAAUAAUUGGGGAGACAAUCAUGAGACUCCUCCUCAAGUUGGAUACCAUUCAGGGUUUGCUUCCAAGCCUCAGAGACAUUAGAAGAUCCUUGGCAAGGGAGCUCGUAGUUCUGCAGGAAAAGCUUGACGAGCUCGGUGAGAACACCAACAACGGUAACUGCAUGCUAGAGCAGCAAAGAGAGGACGUGACUGGACUUGGUGAAGGAUUGCCUGAUGGUGUCAGUGAUAGCAGUCAUCAUGGUACAGACCAUUGUCAAGGGGAAGUGCUUCAGAAUGUUGAACCUGAGCCUGGUUUGAGAGCCAAGGAACCAGGCCAUUGUAAUCAUAGAGAGUUGCACGCCGCAGCAGAGGAUGGUGAUCAAGAGCUACAGGUGGAAAGUUGCUUAAAGUCUGAAGAUAAUGGUUUUGCGCCCAUUGUGGAAACAAAAGAUGAUGUGGUUGGUGAACAGUCUACUGGAGAUAUGGCGGUGGGAGAUGCAGAAAUGAAGAAUGGUUUUACUCAGCCUGGGCAAUGCAGUGAAGCACCAUCUCUAAUAGAAGGAAACCAUACUCUGACAGGAAACUCUUCCGAAGCUGUUAAUAUAAACGUAGAGACAAGAGAGCCUGGAGAGUUGCCUCGAGGAGUAACUGAUGACGAACCUGCCAUUUUGGAGCCUGGGAAGGAUGAACAAGUGGAAGUGUUGCCGGAUGUGACUCCACCAAAUGCUUGUGCUUGUGUGAUGGAAAAGGACUUAGAGAUGCAAGAGAUAGCAGAACUGUCACGGGGCAUGAUUGAUGAGUACAAUGCACUUACCGAAUCUACCAUUUUGGAGCCUAAAAUCGUUGAACAAGUAGAACUGUUGCCAGAUGUGACUUCAUCAAAUGCUUGUGCUUAUGUGACGGAAAAGGAAGCAGAGAUGCAAGAGCUAGCAGAACUGCCACGGGGCAUGACUGAUGAGCACAAUGCACUUAAUGAGUCCAAGGAAAUUGAAGAAGUCGGAGUGGUGAAGGAAGAUGAUUCCCUACAAAGUGGAGAAGAACAUCAUGUGGCAUUUGAUGUAACUUCACAACCGGAUGGAACUUCAAAUACGGAUCAAUUAGAGCAACGACGAGAGGGAGCAGGGGAAGAGCAACCUGUUGUCCGUUUUGAGCAGCAGGUAGAGAUUGGAUCUCAGGAGGAUGAAGGACGCCCUUCAGAUUCAGUGCUUGAUUUAGAGGUAGUGCUCCAGCCACAAGAACAAGUCGGCAAAGAUGAUCAUCUUCCACUGGCCUCUGAGUCGAUUGAAACCCAAGCACUGAGCUUACCUGUUCAGACCGAAGCUCAUGAUGUUGUGCAUGAAGAUGGACCCUUGGACAUGAUUCAUGAUCAUCAUUUGGGCCGGCCUAGCGAGGACCAAGUGCCAAUUGAGAGAAGUACAAAAGACUGUGAGCACCUGCGAGCAGAAACAGUUAUAGAGGAUACAAAGAUGCAGGAGAUCAACCUCAAAUGCGAGGACAACAAGAAUGCACCGCCUAAUGUUGCUGAAACUGUUGUGGAUGACGUCUUCAGUGAGACACAAUCCACUCCAGUGCAGAAGAGUGAAUCAUUGCCUGAGAAACAAGUAGCGAUCGAGGCAUCCUCCAUUGAUGGAGAUGUCAUGGAACUCGAAAGUGGUAGAAAGCUGAUUGAAGAGAACGAGAAACUCAGGGCAAUGAUGCAGAAGUUCAUGGAAGCCGGAAAUGAACAGCUACAAGCUAUAUCGAACCUGACCGGCAGAGUGAAAGACUUGGAGAAAAAAUUGGCUCGGAAGAAGAAAGUAAGGGGUAGAAGGUUACCUUCUCGUGCCAGGCCAUCAAACAAUUGUUCCAAGGAGAUGGAUGCUGGUGUUGCAAUGUGAAAAGUUCAUUUCAUAUCUCAAUUGAAUGAAUGUAAGCAGUUGUAAUCUGGGGUUUGGUUUGAGUGUCUGUGUAUCUAUAAUGUGUGAAUUUGUAUUUACUUUUUUUUUUUUUUUUUCAAUUUUACAGAAAAAUAAAGGACUGUUUCAGUAUAUA